CCCAGUAUGAUAGCCACCGGAGGUGUGAUCACGGGCUUGGCCGCCCUCAAGAGACAAGACUCGGCCAGAUCCCAGCACCACAUCAACCUCAGCCCGACUCCCACCACCCAGGAAAAGAAACCCGUCAGGCGAAGGCCACGGGCUGAUGUUGUGGUUGUCCGGGGCAAAAUCCGCCUUUAUUCCCCAUCUGGCUUCUUCCUCAUUUUAGGAGUGCUCAUUUCCAUCAUCGGAAUUGUCAUGGCUGUCCUGGGAUACUGGCCUCAGAAAGAACAUUUCAUCGACGCAGGAACAACGUUGUCAACGAAUGAGACUCAGGUCCUUCGGAACCACGGUGGUGUGGUGGUGCGCUUCUUUGAGCAGCAUUUGCACUCAGAUAAAAUGAAAAUGCUUGGCCCCUUCACCAUGGGAAUUGGCAUUUUCAUUUUCAUAUGCGCAAACGCCAUUCUUCAUGAAAACCGGGACAAAGAGACGAAAAUCAUUCACAUGAGGGACAUCUACUCCACCGUCAUUGACAUCCACACCCUGAGAAUCAAGGAGCAAAAGCAGAUGAAUGGUACCUACUCCGGUGUGGGAGGCGAGGCUGAAGUGAAGCAGAAUGGGAGAGCCUGUGCCUCUCGAUUGGCAGCAAAUACAGUCUCCUCUUUCUCAGGGCUGAGGAGCAGUUUUCGAAUGGACAGCUCUGUGGAGGAGGAUGAACUGAUGCUCAACGAAAGUAAGAGUUUGGGGCAACUGAUGCCCCCUUUGCUCUCUGAGAGCUCUGUGUCUGUCUUUGGCCUCUACCCACCUCCUUCCAAGACAACUGAGGAAAAGACUAGCAACUCUAAGAAAUGUGAAACCAAGUCAAUUGUGUCAUCUUCUAUUAAUGCUUUUACACUUCCUGUGAUCAAACUUAAUAACUGUGUUAUUGAUGAACCCAGUAUAGAUAACAUCACUGAGGAUGCUGACCACCUCAAAAGUAGAUCCAAGAAUUUGUCAAUGGAUUCCCUUGUGGUCCCUCUGCCCAGUGCUGGUGAAUCCUUCCAGCCCAUCAGUACCAUGCUCCCGAGGAAUAAUUCCAUUGGGGAGGCAUUAUCCAUUCAGUACAAGUCAUCUGUUGCGCUUGGUCCCGGGGCUGGGCAGCUUUUAUCACCCGGGGCUGCUAGAAGACAGUUUGGAUCCAACACAUCCUUGCAUUUCCUUUCUUCUCAUUCAAAAUCUUUAGACUUAGACCGAGGUCGAUCCACCCUCACGGUUCAGGCAGAGCAAAGGAAACAUCCAAGUUGGCCACGGCUGGAUCGGAGCAACAGCAAAGGAUAUAUGAAACUGGAGAACAAAGAGGACCCCAUGGAUAGGUUGCUGGUGCCCCCAGCCGCCAUCAAAAAAGACUUCACCAAUAAAGAGAAGCUUCUUAUGAUUUCAAGAUCUCAUAACAACUUAAGUUUUGAACAUGAUGAGUUUUUAAGUAACAAUCUAAAGCGAGGAACUUCUGAAACAAGGUUUUAAUGUUGCCAAGUAGAACAUUUUCUAAGGGCAUAUGUUUGAAAAGUAUUUUCACCAUGACUUCGUUCUGAGAGGACUGGCUGGGAGCGUUUUUAAUCAAAUGGUUUGUAAUGUAUUAGAACCGGUGGCUUAAUUCUGUGCUGGACAUGGCUGUAUGUUCCAGUCAGUGAGGACUGCAGUACUCUAGAUGAUCACACAUGAGUUUUUUCCCAUUCCUUUAAACAGCAUGAUCUCCUUUCUUGAUAUGAAUA